UUACGUUUUUUCUUUUUCUGUAUCCUUAUGAUUAUUUUGGAUUAUUAUUAUAUAUAAAAUAAACCUUGUAUUCUUUUCUAUAUACAUAUAAGUUCAGAGAAUCUCAGUGCUGAUCACUGAUCAUGGAUGGUUUCUCGAUAUAAUUGAGGGACAACCCUUUUGAGAAUUCUGGGGUUCGGGAUUUUCCCAGAUGGGAAUUACUGGAGAAUUAUUCAAGGGUGUCUUCUCUAGAAAUCGCUCUGUCGGGUCUCAUGAGAUCAACAGUGAGAGAAGCAAUUUGGUGGAGAAGAGAAGGUGGAGCUCUGUGAGAUCAUAUCUGUGUGGAGAUGAAUUUAAUUCAGUUCUAGCAGAGGAGGAUUCAGCUUCUAUUAAGAGCUCUGAGGCUACUGUUACACAGCCUGCACCAGAAGAGUUGGUGGAAGAAGGAAACAUCCUAAGGGAAGAAACAAAUGAUUACAAGAAAGAUGAACAGCCAAAAUCAAUUUCUAAAUUAUUUAGGGAAGAUGAUGCUGCAAUCAUUAUUCAGUCAGCAUUUAGAGACUUUCUGGCAAGGCGCCGGGUUUCAAUCAACGAGAUCCCGACAAAGGAUGAAGAGCAGGAGGCUCUUGCUGGGACAGAAAGUCUUGGUAGGGAGUCUCUGGACACAUCAAUAGAAGCUCAAGCUGGUAAUUCCGUGAAAACUUUCUCUAUUCCAGAAGAAAGCAUUACCGCACAUAACUGGCUGCAGCAAAAGUCCAGAGCUCAUAUUUUGAAGAUAAAGAAAGACUGGGAUGAUAGCACAGUGAGUAGCAACAUUUCAAAGAUGAGAAUUCGGAGCAGGCUAGAAGCAACAACCAGGCGGGAAAGAGCCCUCGCUUAUGCCUUCUCACAACAGCUAAGAAUCUGUUCGAAGAAAAGGCAAACGAGGAACGAGAGUGAGCCUAACAUGGGCUGGAGCUGGCUAGAGCGUUGGAUGGCAACUCGAAUUCCAGAUAAUUCUUCAGUUGAAAACAGCAUAAACAAUCAGAUAGAACCAAUUAAAAGUGAUGCAAGAUAUCUUGUCAGGAAGAGACUUUCUGAUGUUGCAGGGGAAGAAAAGGAGAGUUGUGGAUCUAACGAGGUAUCUGUCCAGUUUGAUAGCAUGUCGAUAACUGCAUCAAACGAGAAAUAUGGAUGCAGACUGGCUAAUAACAGGCUUAAGGCUCCAAGAAAUAUAUCAAGACGAAAGACGGUACCAAGUUAUCAGCUCAGGAAAGAGUCCAUUGUUAAGCUAGAAUAUUUCAAUUAUAGAUCUCCACUGCGGCAGGCAAGUAAGAAAGAUCUAACAAGGGAGACAGGAAAAGUAAAAAAUUUCAAGCGCACCAAACUGGGAGACAAGAGAGAAACCAAAUGCAGAGAUGAUGCUACAUAAUAUUUUACCCGCUUCCACUAUCAGCUGGACCAUGGAUCCAACAACAAUCAGUAUGUAAAUCCGAGAUGAAAUGUUAACAAAUAAGUUCCACCUUUACCACAUAUUUUAGUACUUGUUGCUAGGCGUGUGUAAAAUCUUCCAUUGAAUCCCAGUGUAAAUUUUACAAACAAAAAAUAAUAAUAAUUUGAUUUCAUCGAA